GUUGUGACGUCAUAAAUGCUCAAAAGUCUGCUGUGGUUUCUUUCUGGCAAGGGUUAACAAAGCAAAACCAUUAACAAAUACCACCUGGAAUCUGCUUAAGUACCUUAGACUACACAUACCUCUGAAAAGAUGGAGUUUGUUAAAGAGGAGUUUAUUAAAGAAGAGUUUAAAGAGGAGAGUGAAGACAUCCAUAUUUCAGAACCAUUCACAGUGAAGAAUGAAGAUACUGAGGAAAAAAGAGAGAGCCUACUCUGCUCUGAUUGGUCAGAUGUCCCAGUCUAUUGUGAUUGGUCUACCGCUUACAGCGCGUGUCGGAAAGGAAACGGCCACUACCAUAUCCGAGUUUCAGCUCCGUCUGAAAAAAUGUCUGUUUUACCUUACCAAUUUGAGCCCGAGUCCGACAAUGAUGCAUCGGAAGAUAAACCCGAACCACCAUCGCGACGAGAACAGGACAUUUCUCAGUGGUGCACCUGUGGGAACUGUAGCAGAAUGCCAAGCGAAGCUGAAAACCUUUGCUGCCAUGAAGUAGGACAGGUUCUAAGACGAAUGAAAGAGAUUCCAGUACCUCCAACAUGCAUGGUACACCAUCCCGGCUUUGAACCCAAUUGUCUUAAUCCAUACACCCUUCAAAACAUACACAACAUCUAUAGAACUGACUAUGGCCCUUUGAGGAGCAGAAUCGUAGAGGAACAAUACCGUCAUUUGGCUUAUCGCAGCUUUGUUAGCUGGUGCUGGGGCUACUUCGGACGGCAUGUCAGAGUUGUCAUUCCGUCAUGUGUUGUACUCCGGAUACGCCAGGAGUUUCCGGAUCAGUCUGGUGGCUGUGUUGGCUUUCGACCACCCCUUGAUUGAAUCGGGAGACAUGGCGAGCAAUUGCUUCCUCCUUUGUGGGUCUCUCAAUCUCAGAACAAAAGGCUGUGGGAAUGGGGAUUGUCAGCAACUGUUCAAUAAAUGGAGUGGGGUCCACAAACACCUCCUCGAAGACCAGCCUCAGUAGGUCAUCCACAUAGUCUGUCAAAAAAAAAAUAUCACAAUGACAAUCACUUUAUUGUAUGUGUAAAUUAUGUAUGAAUCAUAAACCAUAUCCCGUGUGCUUAGUAUGCGUUGCAAGUACAACUGUUUUUUUUUUUUUUUUUUUGUAGUACAUUAUACUUUUCUCUUAUAUUUAUUGUUUUAUUUCAUUUUAAUAAUAAAAAUGUUUGAUAACUUACUGUAUGUUGGAGCUGUUGUUACUGGCCUUACAGUCCAUUCACCCUUUUUGAACUUGGGGUAGACCAGCCUGUACACAUCUUGUCCUGCUGAGGUUUUGGCUUGUUCUCGAUUAGCAUUCUCAUUGUAAUACAUUGCUGCAAGGUACAACCUGCAAGAACAAGUAACCAAAAAUAAUUUUAUAUAUGACGUUUACAGUUUAUGUGUGCCAUAUUAGCCACUAAAUCAUAAUCUCCUUAUAAAAAUAAUUCAAUAAAAUUUUAUAAGUUAUAGUACCUGCACAACAUUCCCAUGAAAGUGUAAACAAAAUUUUUCGUUGUGAAACGCAGAAUCAAGCUGUGGAAGGCCUCCAGCGAUGAGGUUUGAAAGUGGUGACUUAGCUUCUGCACAUCUUUGAGAAUUUUGGAGUUGGAUUUUUUUUCAACUUUGUGGAGUGCCAGCGACCCUACAUUGUCAUUAAAUAGUAAGAUUGUACAAUAAUUGCAUUUCAAAACAGUCAAUUCACAAACAUUCAGUAAUGGAUAUUUUUGAAGGUAUAGUGAGGCAUAUUAGUUUUAUUAUGGAUAUUAAUCAUUUCUAUAAAUACCUCUUUGAAACCAUUUUUUCAGAUCCCUUGAAACUCUAUCAGGAUGUGCACACUUUGGGAAGAUGGGGUCUUCGUGUAUGUGUACAUUCUGAAGGUGGUUGAUCAGUGAAGUCCACUUGGUCACCUUCUCUGGUCCUGAUGUAGAUGUUGUUGCGCUCCAGUACACAUGGUUCUUUAUGCUGCGCCACCAAUUCUUCAACACCUCACAGUCCUUGUUUUUCGAUAGUUUGUCUGAUUUCUUAGACAAACCUGAUAGAAAGUAAAUGAUUAUCACAUACAUUUCAUUUGGAUGAAGUACAAGAGAAAUUGUUUUAAGUGUGACCUCAAUCCACACCAUAUUAUAUAGUUCAGUAGGAUGAACAUUUACCUUUCUCAAAGUGCCACACAUCAUAGAACUGCGUUAUGUUGCAUUCUCUCAGAUAUUUCUGGAUCUGUGGAUGACGGUCAGUGACAAUGUAGUCCACUGUCAAACUAUUAGACUUGAGCAGAUCCAGACAUCUCUUUAGGCCUUCCUUCUCCAUGUGGUAACUACCACCAACCUCAUUGCUCCAGGUACGGUACUAUAAUUAUAAAACAUCUUUUAGAAACAAAUGAUCACAUAUGGUGGCAGGAAUUUUAUUUAUUUAUUUAUUUUUAAAAAGGUUACACACCUGAACAAGCUGUAGGUCCAAAAUAGUGUUGCUGUCCAUGUGCAUCACUGUAUAGCUGCCAUAUUUCGCUGAAUGUCCUAUAGAAAACAGGACAAAGAUUGA